GCAAAAAGCACCGAAGAUACUUUGCCACUUUGAGGUUGAAAGAAAGAAAGGUGUGUGAUACAGAGAGUGCGCAGUUUCGGAGCGGAGGACAUAACUCUCUUCUUGUAACUGUUUUUUACUAACUGCUUUCACGACGGCCCCUGUCAGAAAAAGAUUUCAAAUUGGAGCAAUUCAAUUCCUCCGAAAGUUGUCAAAUUAGGGUUCUUUAAUUGAUGCAUCUGGGUCUUUAGGGUUUGAAAGGAAAAUGUUGACUCCGCAUAGGAAUCGGUGGCCGGAGACUGACCGGAAAGGAAAGGCUAUAGCUUUUGCCGAUGAAAUCAAGACGCCUUCUCCGUCAAGGGGCCUCCUCCUAAGAGAGGAUGAUGAUUGGCGAAAGUUCAAAGAAGUUGGUUUACUCGAUGAACCUUCUCUGGAAAGAAAAGAUCUUGAUGCUCUUACAGAGAAGAUCUUGAAGCUUGAAAAAGAGCUGUUUGAUUACCAACAUAAUAUGGGGCUUCUGCUAAUGGAGAAGAAGAAGUGGACUUCGACAAAUGAAGAGCUUCAACAAGCAUUUAAUGAAGCUACGGAGAUUCUCAAUCGUGAAAGAACAUCAAAGUUGAUUGCUUUAAACGAAGCUGACAAAAGAGAAGAGAAUCUUAGGAAAAGUUUGAUUGCGGAGAAGCAAUUUGUAGCUGAGCUUGAGAAGGAUUUGAAAUACUGGCGACAAGAACAUUCUGAGGUGAAGUCUACUUCUGAGGCAAAGCUAGCUGAAGCAGAUGCUUUGGUUAUUGGUAUGAAGGAAAAAGCUUUAGUGGUGGAUAGAGAGAAGGCUAUUGCUGAAGAAAAGCUUUCAGUGAUUAAUAGAAAAAGUUCUGAGGUAGAAAGGAAACUAAAAGAGGUGGAGACUCGUGAAAAAGUGCACCAAAGAGAGCAUCUUUCUCUAGUUACAGAACGAGAAGCUUAUGAGGCAGUGUUUUACAAGCAGAGAGAAGAGCUACAGGAUUGGGAGAAGAAGUUGACACUAGACGAAGAUAGGUUGUCUGAAGCUAAAAGAAGCAUUAACCAUAGAGAAGAAAGAAUUAUGGAAAGUGAAAGAGCUAUCAAGAAGAAAGAGAAGCUCCUUGAAGAGACGCAACAAAUGAUUGAUAUUGCCAAGUCAAAAUUAACAGAGAGAGAAGAAUCUAUAAACAAUAUGCUAAAUGACAUUUCUAAGAAGGAAAAAGACUUUGAAGCCAUGAAGGCUAAAGUUGAUAUCAAAGAGAAGGAGCUCCAUGAGUUUGAGGAGAAGCUUAUUGUGAGGGAGCAGAUGGAGAUUGGGAAGCUCCUUGAUGAUCAGAAGGCUGUUCUAGAUUCCAGAAGGCAGGAGUUUGAAAUGGAGCUUGAACAGAUGAGGAGAUCCCUUGAUGAAGAACUUGAGGGAAAGAAAGCUGAAAUUGAGCAGCUGCAAGUUGAUAUCAGCCACAAGGAAGAGAAGUUGGCGAAGAGAGAGGCAGCUUUGGAGAAAAUGGAGGAGAGAGUGAAGGUGAAAGACAAGGAUCUUGAAGCAAGGCUGAGAGCUGUGAAGGAAAAUGAAAAAUCUAGAAAAGCAGAAGAGAAAAAGCUGCAUUUGGAAAAUCAUCAAUUUCUCGAAGAGAAGAAAUGUUUGCUUAAACUUAAAGAUGAGAUUGAAGAGAUCGAAGCUAGGACAAAAAAGCAGGAGUCAGUGAUUCUCGAAGAACAUGAAAGUCUCAGGAUUACAAAAGAAGAGAGACUUGACUUUCUGAGACAGCAGUCUGAACUGAAGCAGCAGAUAGAUAGAGUUAAGCAAGAGGAGGAGUUACUCUUACAGAAACGUAAAGAACUGAAACAAGAUAAGGAAAGAUUUGAGAAAGAGUGGGAAGUUUUGGAUGAAAAGAGGGCUGACAUAGCUAGAGAGCAAAAGGAAGUUACUGAAGAAAAGGAGAAACUGAGAAGGUUGCAAAGGCAAGAAGAAGAGGGUGAGAGAGAUUUUAAUGAAAGGGAGAGAACAUAUGAGAAGAGAAGCCAAGAAGAGCUUGAAAACAUUAAUUACACAAAGAAGCUGGCUCAGAGAGAGAUGGACGAAGUGCAAUACGAGAAGCUUGCUCUUGAGAGGGAAAGAGAACAAAUUUCUAUCCAAAAGAAGUUGUUGAAAGAACAAGAAGUUGAGAUGCAUAACGACAUCACUGAGCUAGAUGUACUUAGAAGCUCUUUGAAGGAGCAACGAGAAGAAUUCAUCAGUGCAAGAGAGCGUUUCCUAGUAUUCCUGGAAAAACUUAAGAGCUGCAGUUCCUGCGGAGAAAUAACCGAAAAUUUUGUUCUGACUGAUCUUCGACUGCCUGAUGUUGAAAAUGGGGACAAACUUUCUGAGAAACGGAAAUUAAAAGCAGAGGACGCUUUCAACAUUUCUCCCAGUGCAGAAAAUAGCAGGAAAACAUCUUUGAUUGGGAAAAUUGCUUCAAAGCUGUUGAGUAUAUCACCGAUUGGGAAGGCAGAUAAAGUCACUGACCUGGGUGUAACAGUUAAGCUUCCAAAAUCUUCGCAACGUGAUGAUAAUCUUGAUUCAGUGCCAGGCGAUGAUCAUGAACCAUCUGCUACUGAACAGAGUUUCACAGAUAGUAGAAUACAAGAAGGUCCUGAGAUUUCCCUGCAAUCAGAGAUAGAGAGUGAUAAACCUAGACGUGGUAGAGGUAGGGGUAAGUCUGUUAGAGGAAGAUCGCAAGCAACAAAAGCUGCGUCUAAAGAUUCAAAACCAUCUGAUGUAGGAACUCCAAAGAAGCGACAACGCGAACAGGCUUCUAGAAUCACAGAAAGUGAACACACAGCUGGUGAUAGCGAUGAGGGUGUAGAUAGUAUCACAACUGGUGGACGUAGGAAGAAGAGACAAAUAGCCGUUCCAGUCUCUCAAACGCCUGGGCAAAGCCGGUAUCAUCUCAGGAGACAUAGAAAUGUAGGAACAGAAGAAGAUAAAGCACAAGCAUCAACAGGUGCCACAGAAAAACAAGAAAGUGUCAAUGGUGAUAGCAGAAUAGUGCCAAGUCUGAAGGAUACUCUUACUCGACCACAAGGUGAGAAUAGGGAAAAUGGCAAAGCUGAAGUAUUAGUGGAAGCAGUAACACAUGAAGAGAUUGUUAGGGUAACACAUGAAGAGACUGUUAGGGUUGUAGCAGAGACGGAGUUCAAGGAUAACAACACGGGAAAGAGGAAAGAUUCACAGUUGGAAACAGGAGGCAGCGGUGAAAUAAGAGAGCAUGGUGAAGAUGAUGAUGAGGAUAUCAGCAUGAUCGAAGAGGAGAAGGAAGGAGAAGAAGAAGAAGAAACAGAGCGCCAAGGUGAUGCUUCCAUAGGAAAAAAGAUUUGGGUCUUUUUCACAACCUGAUCAUUUUCCCUUUAUUUCUCUUUUAAAAAGGACAAAGCUCUCCCACAAGUAGGAUUUGCAACAUCUUGUUAUGUGUUGGUUCUUUUUUAACUUCACUUUCUUUUUCUAAGCAACUGAAACAAAAAGGAAGUGAUUCUUGAAAGGCAUGGACAUGUUAGGAAAUGUAACAUUUGAUUUUACUCUC